AUGAGGCUUAUGGGGAGGGUUUCUCCAGACACAAGGAUGCCCGCUCGGUUCGUAGACGACGAAGACCUGGCCUACGUCAUCCAGCGCUACAGAGAGGUCCACGAUCUGCUACACACCCUCCUUGGCAUGCCUACCAACAUGCUUGGUAAAAACUCUUUAAAGUGGCAGCUUUUGACUGCGGAGCUCAUCCCGUGGGCUGUCCAGAGCGGACAAAACGCAACCUGCAUCUUGAAUUUUUAUUACGAGAAACGCUGGGAGCAAACGGUGGAAUCUCUUCGCCGUGAAAUCGGCAUUCUGCCACCUCCGGGGAUUCAGGUUUGAGCUUCCACAGGCUGAACGAGGGGAACACCUGAACGGAGGCCAAACUGCUUUCAGGAAAUUAAACUCUGGAAAUUAAACCCUCUCCGGCCAGGGGUGAAAUCCAUCAGGUUCUGACAUGUUCUGGAGAACCAGUAGUGGAAAUUUUGUGUAGUUCGGAGAAC